AAUGCAUUCCUUCCUCAUAUAAGUCCGAAAGCGGAAGUCAAAAUCUUGGGUCUUUCUUCUCAGUGCUAAAAUGCCAGAGGCUGACGUUCUCUACUCUGACUUGGUUUUCGACAAUUCUCAGAGAAAUGGUGGCAGGGAUGGAGCCUCCUCAGCACCUGAAUCACAAUAUGCCUCGGUCAAGGUGGCAAAGACGCAGUCAAAAUCACAGCGAGACACAGGUGCCAAGCCGGCAAGGUCCAAGUUAACUUUGGAACGAGCUGCCUUAGCAACAUUGUCUGUUCUGCUGGUUCUGGCGCUUGUCGCUCUUUGUUACCUCUCUUACCAGAAUGUUCAGACCAGAAAAAAACUCCAAAAUCUGAAGGGUGAGCACGAGGCGUUGAAAGCCAGUUGGUCAGAAAACCCAAAUGGCGUCUGCUGGAAAUGUAGCUAUGGUUGGGAGCUUUACGGAAAAAGCUGCUACAAGUUCUCAAUCACAAAUUCAACCUGGGAAGUGAGCAAAAAGUUUUGCCGGUAUCAAAACAGUGACCUGGUGAAGAUUGACAGCCUCGACGAGCAGAGAUUCUUGGAGAGUAAACUAAGGGACAAAAUGGCCUUCCAGGAGGACAAGUUCUGGAUUGGCCUGACGGACUCCAGUUUGGAAGGUCAAUGGUUGUGGGUGGAUGGCUCGCCUCUGAAUGUGAGCUUGACUUUCUGGGGACGAGGAGAGCCUGACAACUGGUCGGGGGAAGACGGCAAAGUAGGCGAGGACUGCGUCCGCAUGGGCGAGAAGGACGGGGCUCACGACCUCCGGUGCUGGUUCGACAAAGCCUGCAACGCCAAGCACAAGUGCAUCUGUGAAACUGCAGCGCAGAGGGGACAGCAGAGCUGCACUUAUUUCUGACUACAUUUGUCUCCUUAUUAAUUCAGAAUUUUUGUUGGUGACCUUGACGCAUGCGGCCUAACCCCAAAAAGUUGUUUCUGUUCAUUUUUGUCGCCAGCAGGGGGCAGUGCUGCACAAAAUAUCAGCCUUCUUGGAUUGCUGGAAACAGAUGAAUUUAAUUCUUAUUCCACCAACCCAAUAUUAAUCCGAGUAAUAUCUUCAGACUAGUGGGGACGCAUAGAAUGUAUUCAAAAAGAAAAAAUUGGGCUUGACACCCACUUUAAUGUAAAAAGUCCACUGAAAGACAUUCAAUGUAUAUAGAGCGAAAAGUCAAGACAUACUCAGGCGAAGCUAACUUAUUUAUGAAAUAUUCUUUUUCCAAUUAUCAGAUUUAAUCAUUCACAUUUAACUUGUAAUUAAAGAUAAUCUUACCUGUA